CAGGUUCUGUGUUGUUUUGAGUUUUGGGCACGCCUGAUGAGGUUCCAUUGUUAAAUGAGACGUUGAGGACCACUAGUUUACUAAAGAGACUGGGAUUUCAUACGGAUUUGGGGUAAGUUUGUAAGGAGGGAGCGAUGGCCUCCCUCCUGAUGCGAAUCUUUCGGAUGGGUGUGGAGAAAAAGCGAGUGAGGCAUUAUGAAAACCUGAAGAGGGAUGUGGAUCCGCACCAGUCGUGGGAGACUUUGGGAGAACUGGGAGAUGGAGCUUUUGGGAAGGUCUAUAAGGCCCAGAAUCAGACUACAGGAGUGCUGGGAGCUGUUAAAGUGAUUGAAGUGCGCAGUGAGGAGCAGCUGGACGACUACAUCACUGAGAUAGACAUCUUAGCGGCCUGUCGACAUCCGAACAUCAUCUCCCUGCUGGACGCCAUCUUCUUUGAGAGCUGGCUGUGGAUCCUACUGGAGUACUGUCCCGGAGGAGCUCUGGAUGAUAUUAUGCUGGAGCUGGAGCGUGGCCUGACGGAGCAGCAGAUCAGUGAGGUUUGCUGGCAGACUCUCCAGGCUCUGUUUUACCUGCACCAGCAUCACAUCAUACACAGAGACCUGAAGGCUGGCAAUAUUCUGCUCACGAUGGAUGGACAGGUCAAACUAGCUGACUUCGGUGUGUCUGCAAAAAAUGACUACACUCUGCAAAAACGUUCAACUUUCAUUGGAACGCCAUACUGGAUGGCACCUGAGGUGAUCAUGUGCGAAACAUCAAAGGACAAUCCCUACACAUCUAAAGCAGACAUCUGGUCACUGGGAAUCACUUUAAUUGAGGCGGCAGAGAUGGAGCCCCCUCACCACUCACUCAACCCAAUGAGGGUCCUGUUGAAGAUCACCAAAUCUCCUCCACCAACACUCUCCAAUCCUCGCCAGUGGUCGUCACAUUUCCAAGACUUCCUUCGAAGGAGCUUGCAGAAGAACCCAGAGGCUCGAUGGGGAACUCAGCAGCUCAUGGCUCACCCGUUCUCUUAUGCUGGACGAGACGGACGAGCACUAAAAGAGCUCAUCGCUGAGGCCAAAGCAGAGGUCACUGAGGUCGUAGAAAAUGAGUCUUUGUUUAAUAUCCAAUCCUCUGUGAAAGACACGAUCACCACAGAGUCUGAGAAAACAGUGCCACAACCAGAACAAGCAGUAGAACAAGGAUCACAAGAACCUAAGACCCCAAAGAAGUCCUCUGUUCUGGAUGCUGUUCCUCAAUCCUCCAUCAACGUAGAGCUGAAUCCUGAAGUCAAAGUGACCCGUAGGGCUUCCCAGGCCACUAAUCAGGUCAAAGCUCAGAAGAGGGCAAGACGACUCUCCGUUCCAGGAAAUCUCCUUUCAUUUCUGUCUGGCGGCUCCCGUCGCUGCAAAUCUGGAUUCUGGGGCGAUAAUUUACCAGUUCAGGUAACUAAAGACUCAGAAGAUUCAAGUGCAGCUCAAACUGUGGGAACUUGCCCUUCAGAUGGUACUGAAAGUGAAAACACUGCCAAACCAACAGAGGAAACACCUGACGUAGUCGAUGCUCCAAGUAACAAAGUUGCUGACAUCAAAGAUGAGGUUGAUACAGAAGAAACUGACAAGAACUUAAAUCUCUCCAGCGCACCAGCACAAACAACAGAUUCCUCUGAAAGGGAAACGUUACAUCUUACCAAAGAGGACACAGAUGCUGAUGAAAAAAGAAAUGGCACUGUGACAAAUGCUGACAAUGACCAUACAUUUUGGAAAUCCCUCCAAAUACCUGCUGUAAUUGACAAAGAUGCAACACAUCAACAUAGCACACAGGUUGUAGCUUUGUGUUUGGAAACACCACUAGCUUCAAAAACUGACAGGAAUGAGCAAAAACCCAGUGACUACCUUAAUCUGGCCUGUUCUUUAAAAACAUCUACUUUCACAAUAGAUAAUACUAAAACUCCUGAGGUUCCUUUGAGUAUUGUUCCUAAAAGAGCUCCUGACCUUAAGACAGAACAACCGUCAACUGAACCAUUGGAAACUGAAGAAACUGUUGAAGAACUGGAGACAGAUGGAGGAACAGAGGAAGAAUCAAGGAUGUUAGAGACAGAAGAUCAAACAAUCACCAAGGAAGAUCACAUUGCCAUGAAGGUAGAGAGCGAGGACAUCACUGAAGCCAUCGGUGAAGUGGUGAGGCAUGAAGAUGUCAACUCAAACAAUGAAAAGUCUGAUGAAGAGGAAAGCAGUAAAAAAGAUAACGAAACAACAGAGAAGGAAUGUUCAACAAGCAAGGAAGAAGACACCAUGAAGGACGAUCAUGAUGAUGUAGACUCAAGAAAUGAUAACAGUGAGAUCUCUAGAAAAUCAGAUGAAGAGAUGGAAACACUGAUCCAAAAUGAGAAAACAAAUUUUACUGAUUCACAGACUCCAGAGUUGUCAAACAAGGAAGAAGAUAAUUCAGAAAAGGAAACGAGUAAUGAAGGAGUUGCUCAAGAUGCGACAGAUUCAAAAGAACCAGAAGAAGAGUUUCCAAAAUUAUCUAAUACAACACAGAACAGUACAGAAGAGGACUCAAAUGAUGUUGGUGAAGAUACAACAGAUGUUCCUGAAUCAAAGCUGAAGAAGCAGGUGGUGUUUGUAGUUCAAGAGGACAAAAACAAAGAAAAGCUUGUAAAUGGCUUGAAUGAUUCAGACACAAUACCACUACAUGAAUCAAAUGGAUCCACACCUAAGGAAUCUCAUGAGGACAUGAUUCCACCUCUUUCCCCCACCAGUCCUCUAAUGUCUCCUGGGUUUGAAGGGGAAUUGUAUCCCAGCAGGAUGACCGUUAAAAAGACCCGCAAAUUUAUGGUGGAUGGUCGUGAAGUCAGUGUCACCACUUCCAAAGUGGUCAGCGAGGGAGACAGCAAAGAAAAACUAAUGCGCUACAACAGACGGCAGGAGCUGCAUGCGUUGAAACUCUUGCAGAGGGAAGAGCAGAGAGAACAUGCCCAGCUGGAGCUGAAACUGCAGCAGCAGCGAGAGCAGAUGUUCCGCCAUAUAGAGCAAGAAAUGACAAGCAAGAAGCAGUAUUAUGACAGUGAGCUGGAGAGACUUGAGAAACAAUAUCAGCAGCAAAGCGGUCAGAUGGAGGCUGAGCACACAUCCAAAUUAAGGGAGGACGCACGGAGACUCAAGGCCCAACAGGAGAAAGAGCUGUGCCGCAAAAGCAGUGCACUCAAAGCAGACCCCAAAGAGGAGCAGCGGUUCCUGCAGAAGCAACAGCAGGAGCUCAAUGAAGCUCUGCAGAAGGGUGUUCAGGAGCAUAAGAGGAAGGUGGCGUCGAUGGAGUGGGAGAUUACAGUAAAAUCUCAGCAGCUUAAGCGAGCUCGUGAAGCUGUGAUUUGGGAGUUAGAACAGCGCCAUCUACAGGAAAAGUAUCAUCUAUUUAAACAGCAGGUGAAGGAACAGUAUUCCUUACAAAGACAGCAGUUGACCAAGAGACACAACAAGGAUAAAGAGAGAGCGUCCCGCUUCCAGCAGUCGUUCCUGGAGGAGCAGAAGUCACUGCAGGCCCAGGAGAGAGCAUCGUUCCUGAAGACCCAAAAAGCUGAAACAAAGUCCCGUCUGAAUCAGUUGAAAAUGGAGCUCAGAAAGCAAGGUCUGAGUGGCCCUGAGCAGAGACAACAUCUCACACAGCUUUUGUCUGAGGAGGAGGCCAAACAGAAGCAAGAGAAACAGAGUCUUCAAGAAAGUCACGAGAGCCAAUUGAAAGCAGUGCAGGAACAAUGUGAUGCCAGUACAGCUGAACUACAGCAGCUUCAGAACGAGAAGCUUCAAGUUCUUGUGGACAUGGAGAAGAAAAAGAUCAAAGCCCUUGAGGACGAACACACACUUGAGCUCAAUGAAUGGAGAGAUAAGCUUGCGUGCAGGAAAGAGGUGUUAGAGGAAGACCUAGCUCGCAGACGAAGAGAAAAAGAAGGGACCAGGAGACGAGGGAGUGAGCCGGAAAACAGAUUCGCAUCUCGACGCCCAAAGUUCUUCCAUAAUCUAAGCUUCUCCUGACAAAGUGAAGAAAUACUCUAAACUCCAAUGUCAAUUAUAUACAGUAUAUGUAUGCUGUCGUUCAAAGUUUUGGGGUGAGAAAGGUUUUUUUAAAGCAUUGCUAAAAUAUUAAAAUUAAUUAUAUUAAAAUAUAUAACUGUAUUUAUUCUAUAAUGAAAUGUAUAAUAUUCAUUUUUUUCAGAAAAAAAUAUUUAAAUGACAAUAUUUUGAUUUGGAAUAAAUGUUAGCAGUUCUUUAUAGAAUAAAUAGAAUAAAACAAAUAUUACAAUGUUGCCCAAACCCUUACCUAAUAAAUCAGUGAGAUCAUUUUUAUGUGGUCUUAUAAUAUGUUUUUGCAUAGCUGUACAUAUAGAUACAUUGUAAGAGCAACAAAUAAUAACCUGACUUCUAGUUGAUCAUUUGGAAAAGUGGCAGAUUUUUCUGAUGAAUCAUCUGUUGAACUGCAUCCCAAUCAUCACAAACACUGUAGAGACCUAUUCCGCAUGAACCCAUGAUUCUCACAGAAAUCAGUCAAGUUCUAUGAAGGAAAAAUCAUCAUUUGGGGUUACAUUCAGUAUGGGGAUGUGCGAGAGAUCUGGAGAGUGGAUGGCAACAUCAACUGCUUGAGUUAUCAAGACAUUUGUACUGCCCAUUACAUUACAAACCACUGGAGAAGGCAAAUUCUUCAGCAGGAUAGCACUCCUUUUUAUACUUCAGCCUCCACAUCAAAGUUCUCGAAAGCAAACAAGGUCAAGGUGCUCCAGGAUUGGCCAGCCCAGUCACCAGAUAUGAAAAUUAUUGAGCAUGUCUGGGGUAAGAUGGAGAUAUUGAAGAUAAAUUCAAAGAAUCUUGAUGAACUCUUGAACGCUUUCUUUGCCAUUCUAGAUGACUUUAAUAAGAAGUUAUUUGAGUCAUUGCAGAGAUGUAUGGAUGCAGUCCUCCAAGCUCAUGGGAGUCAUACACAAUAUUAAUUCUUUUUCCACUGCACCAUGACUAUAUUUUGUACUGUGCAUUAUUUCUGUUAAGCGACAAGACUUUUGUCUAAGCAAAGUCAGACCUUACUGUCCUAAUUAAAUAAUUAAAAAUCAGGGCAUGAUUAUAUUUUAUUUUGGUAAAAUAAGCGUAAUCUAAAGGCCUUUGCCUUUCAUAUAAGCACUUCUGAUACCAAAUGAUCAACUAGAAGUCAGGUUAUUAUUUAUUGUCGGGUAGCGUAUACUACAGACCUCAGAAUUUGAUCAAUAGUAUUAUAACGUACAAUAGUAAAGUUUAAUAACUAAUUUAGUAAUAAUUUAGUUUGAUUUAUUGUAGUUUCCAAACAUACAUAAUGUGUAAGAGAUAGCUUAUGACAGCUUUCAUCACUUUUUCCCUUAGCAAAGUGUGUAGUGAUAAUAACAGGUAGUUUAUUUGCAUCAUAAAAAAGCUUACCCUAUAAAAAAUUAAAACAACAGACACAUACACUAUAUAUUGACAUUUGGGUAUGAGUGUUGAAAAUAUUUUGCCUGGAGUUUAUGUAUUUUUUUGUAAAUAUGUUUAAAAUAUAUCUGCUUAGAUAUAAUUCCUUUGUAAGAGUAUCUAAUAGCCUAAAGAAAAGAAU